AUGACCAAGAUGGGGCUCCUGCGGCUGUCCUAUGAGAAGCAGGACACACUGCUCAAGCUACUCAUCCUUUCCAUGGCGGCUAUACUCUCAUUCGCCACACGGCUCUUCUCCGUGUUGAGGUUCGAGAGCGUCAUCCACGAGUUUGAUCCGUACUUCAACUAUCGCACCACUCGUUUCCUGACUGAGGAGGGCUUCUACAAGUUUCACAACUGGUUUGACGACCGGGCCUGGUACCCACUGGGCAGGAUUAUUGGUGGCACGAUUUACCCAGGCCUGAUGAUCACCUCAGCGGCUCUCUACCACACGCUACACUUCUUCCACAUCACCAUUGACAUCCGCAACGUCUGCGUCUUCCUGGCGCCCCUCUUCUCUUCCUUCACCGGAAUUGUGACCUACCUCCUCACCAAAGAGCUCAAGGAUGCAGGAGCUGGUCUGCUUGCUGCAGCUAUGAUUGCGGUGGUUCCUGGAUACAUAUCGCGAUCUGUUGCCGGUUCCUAUGACAACGAAGGCAUCGCCAUUUUCUGUAUGCUGCUCACCUAUUACAUGUGGAUCAAGGCAGUGAAGACGGGUUCCAUCUGUUGGUCCUCCAUGUGCGCCUUGGCCUACUUCUAUAUGGUGUCCUCGUGGGGAGGGUACGUGUUCCUCAUUAACCUGAUCCCCCUGCACGUGCUGGUGCUCAUGCUGACGGGACGCUUCUCCCACCGCAUCUACGUGGCCUACUGCACCGUGUACUGCCUCGGCACCGUGCUCUCCAUGCAGAUCUCCUUCGUGGGCUUUCAGCCCGUCCAGUCCUCCGAGCACAUGGCGGCCUUUGGGGUGUUCGGCCUGUGCCAGAUCCACGCCUUUGUGGAUUACCUGCGUAGCAAACUCAACACACAGCAGUUUGAGGUCCUCUUCAAGAGCAUCAUCUCCCUGGUGGGCUUCGUCCUGCUCUCUGUGGGAGCAGUGCUCAUGCUGACCGGUAAAAUCUCCCCCUGGACGGGUCGGUUCUACUCCCUGCUGGACCCGUCCUACGCCAAGAACAACAUCCCCAUCAUUGCCUCUGUGUCCGAGCACCAGCCCACCACCUGGUCCUCCUACUACUUCGACCUGCAGCUCCUGGUCUUCAUGUUUCCUGUGGGGCUGUACUACUGCUUCAACAACCUCUCUGACGCACGGAUCUUCAUCAUCAUGUACGGAGUCACCAGCAUGUAUUUCUCGGCUGUCAUGGUGCGUCUCAUGCUGGUCCUGGCCCCGGUCAUGUGCAUCCUGUCAGGCAUCGGGGUGUCCCAGGUGCUCACCACCUACAUGAAGAACCUGGACGUCAGCCGCCCCGACAAGAAGACCAAGAAGCAGCAGGACUCCACCUACCCCAUCAAGAACGAGGUGGCCAGUGGUAUGAUUCUGGUCAUGGCCUUCUUCCUCAUCACCUACACCUUCCAUUCCACCUGGGUAACGAGCGAGGCCUACUCCUCCCCCUCCAUCGUGCUCUCCGCCCGCGGGGGUGACGGCAGCCGCAUCAUCUUCGAUGACUUCCGAGAGGCCUACUACUGGCUGAGGCAUAACACCCCGGAGGAUGCCAAAGUGAUGUCUUGGUGGGAUUAUGGGUACCAGAUAACAGCAAUGGCCAACCGGACCAUCCUGGUGGACAACAACACAUGGAACAACACGCAUAUAUCCAGAGUAGGCCAGGCCAUGGCAUCCACUGAAGAAAAGGCCUACGAGAUCAUGCGUGAGCUGGACGUUGGUUACGUGCUGGUAAUCUUCGGGGGAUUGACCGGAUACUCAUCUGACGACAUUAACAAGUUCCUGUGGAUGGUCCGUAUCGGCGGCAGCACGGACACGGGGCGGCACAUCAAGGAGCACGACUACUACACCCCUACCGGAGAGUUCCGCGUGGACCGCGACGGCUCGCCCGUCCUGCUCAACUGCCUCAUGUACAAGAUGUGCUACUACCGCUUCGGCCAGGUCUACACCGAGGCCAAGCACCCCCCUGGGUACGACAGGGUGAGAAAUGCUGAAAUUGGGAAUAAGGACUUUGAGCUGGACGUGCUUGAGGAGGCCUAUACCACAGAGCACUGGUUGGUCAGGAUAUACAAGGUGAAAGACCUGGACAACCGGGGUCUCUCCCGGACCUAAAGUCCCUGCCGUUCCAUCCAUGCCCCCUUGGGCUCAGCAUUAAAGCCCCCCCCCCCCCCCCCCCCCCCCCCCCCCGUGGUCCUCAGAUUAUGCUGAUGGUGAUUGUUGAAUCAUUUUUUUAUACUUUAGUUUCAGAAUUUGCAGAAAGAGAUUGUUUUGCUUUUUUAAAAAAUAAUAAAAAUAAAAAAAUUGGGGAGAAAAAAAUGGAUUUUCAAGUGAUAUAUCACUAGUUUGUAUAGGAUAUAUUGUAUGGAAGAUUUUUUUCCAAAUGGAUUGUCAGCGAGUGAUUUCUGCAGCCUGUCCAAGAGACCAAACUGUUAUGACAGAGCUUUGAUCUUCUACAAAGCAGUCAAAUAAACCAAUGGGACAAAAUGGGAUGAAACAUGGUUUACUGUCUUGCAUGCUUUGAAUUUAUUCUGCAAAUAACGUACGUGAGGCAUAUGAGUUUGAAGGAAUACUUCACAGUCCUUCUAGAGGUUUGAUGCUCCUGAGUAUGAGCCCUUAAUGUAAGGUUUUAGUAGUUAAAGCUACUGUAUUCUAAAUGAUAAAUCCUGGACACUAAUGUAUAAAUUCUCUGAUUUCUCUAAUGCAGAUUUUUUAAUUUGAUAACCUUGAGAAGGGUGCUUAAUUUUAGCAGGAUUCUGAUGCUAAGGUUGAUUGUAUUUCCUUUUUGGUUACUGCUGGCAUAUGAAAUUAGCAUAUUUCCAUAUUUGUCCUUUAUUCCAUGAUACUGGGUUCAGCAAUGUUCAACCAUCACGCAUUCAUUGUUUCCUUUUUUUAAAGCCAAAUCUGCUUACACAAGUACAAAUCCAGUAACUCUCAAACUAAUUCCAUUCAUCACAGCCAAAUCUCAAAAUCAUCCCUUUCCUUUCUUUUUUUUCCCAAGGCUAUUUUGACAAAUGAUCUGUGGAGUACCAAAGACUCCAUGACACUGCCUAUAAAUAAGUUGCUCUUUUUAACAAAUGCACAUAGCCUCUGUAAAAACAAGAAAUCUACCAGACUUAAUGGUAUGCCCAACAGAUGCCACACAACAGUUGUGUUGCAGAAAAAAACUUGUGCGCUAAGUGUUUGACUACCUGUUUGACUAAUGGGAAAGGAGAGGGUGGGUUAUUCAGUACAUGACUGCUUAUGAAGUCAUUCUGUUGGCAUUUCAAACUGCUUGAUGUGUUCAUAACUUUUAUCCUUUUCAGCGGUGUCAUUUGCUUUGUUGUCAUUUGUUUUACCUUUGAACUCUUAAUUCCAAAAAUGUCUUAGUUCCAGGUGUCCAUUCUGCAGUUCGGACCAAACUGAUUUCACCUGCUGGUCAGCACCUGAAUCAAUUAAAAAUGAAACCACUCUC